AUGAUUUUGAUUAUUGUACCUAUAGUCAUCAUACUUCUUCCGCUCUUAGUAACGAUAUAUAUACAAAAUAAACUGGACUAUUGGAAAAGACGUGAUAUACCAUAUGUCAAACCUCUACCCCUUGUCGGCAAUCUAAAAGAUCUCUUUUCCUCCAAAAUAAGUUUUGGAGAAUUAUUUCAACGACUCUAUGAAGAUGAACAUGUGAAAUCUUCUCCAGCCGGAGGAAUAUAUCUUCUACAUCAACCAGCCUUAAUAUUACGUGAUGCUGAUUUAAUAAAAUCCGUUUUAAUAAAGAAUUUCGAUAAAUUUCAAAAUCGUUAUGAGGCUGCAGAUGCAGUUCACGAUGCCAUGGGAUCUCUAACAUUACCUUUAUCAAAAUAUUCCAUAUGGCGGGGAUGUCGUAAGAAAAUGUCGGAAAUGUUUACCACGGGAAAAAUUAAGUUACGCAUGUAUCCGCUAAUGUUAGAUGUUGUAAAGGAGUUGGAAUGCUUUCUAUCAAAAAAAUUACAAAGUGAGAAGGGCAAGGGUGCCAUCAUUGAAGUAAAGGAAAUGUUUUCCCUAUUUACCACAGAUCUAACAUCGAUUUUGCAUUAUGGUGUUGAUGUUAAGGGUCUGAAGCAAGGACAUUCGAUUUUAAGGCAACAAACAUUGGAUUUAUUUAAUAUCAAUUUAAUCCGGCUAUUCGAUUUUUUCAUGAUUUUCUUUCUUCCUCACCUAACGCUUUGGGUUAGAGCCAAGGUAUUUAGUAAAUCCUAUAUGGAAUUUAUGCGUAAUUUUACCUCGAAAAUAUGCAAGGAGAGAUCCCACCAUUCGACAUCUUUAAAAUCCCAGGGAGAUUUAUUUGAUGUUUUAUUAAAAUUCCAAGCGGAAUAUCAAGAAGAUCCUCUACACUAUUCACAACACAAAGAUUUUAUAGCUUCCCAAGUUGCCAUAUUUUUGUUGGCCGGAUUUGAAACGUCUUCAUCAGUGCUGGGAUUUAUCCUCUAUGAAUUAGCCAAACAACCGGAUAUACAACAGAAAUUGAGACAGGAAUUAAAAGAAGGAUUUGGUGAGAAAACUGAACUGUCCUAUGAAGAACUUCAAGCCUUGCCAUAUCUUCAAAUGGUGCUCUGCGAGGGUUUGAGAAUGUAUCCCGCAGCAGCAUUUAUUAAUCGUGAAUGUACGGCGGUAUACGGAUUUCAAUUAAAUGAAGAUAUUUUUGUACCCCAUGGAAUGCCGGUUUAUGUUUCGAUAUUGGGUUUACAUCGUGAUCCAAAGUAUUGGCCUGAACCGGAUCACUUCAAUCCGGAGCGUUUUUCUUCUAUGGCAAAUAUUAAUCCAAUGAUUUAUCAACCCUUUGGAACUGGACCGCAUGCUUGUAUUGGCAGCCGUUUGGGUCUUUUACAAGUGAAAUUGGCCUUGGCACAUACCCUAAGACUUUAUUAUGUCCAGACUUGUUCUCGUACUGUGAAAAAUAUCAAAUUCGAUCCGAAAUCCUUUAUGCUGCAGGCCAAAGGUGGAAUAUAUUUGAAAUUUUUUCGAGAUGAAUGA